GAGUGCAACCGGAGGGAGUAGAAAGGAAAAGCAGUCUUCAUUUGUGGCGGACAGGAUCGAGAAAACAGCAGAACUCUCUGUCAGGCAUUACCAGUGCUGGGUGUAUUUUAUCCAGAAGAAACAUGACUUUGCUGAGAUGUAUCGUUGCUCAGAUACUGUGGGCAUUCUAUGCUAUGGGAGAAGUGCCAGUAUGUGAACAGCCACCUGAUGUUGAUUUUGGCAACGUUAUUAGUGGUGAGAAACUGCAGUAUGUGGAGAGUGACACAGUGCAGUAUGGCUGCAACCCUGGAUACACACUGGGAGGAUCACAAUGGAUAAAGUGCAAUGGGAGAAACUGGACACCACCUCCAACAUGUCUGGCACCAUGCACUAUCACAAAACAGCAGCUUGAGGAGAAAAAACUGCUUCUGCCUAGUGGCCGUAGACGUACAGUAAUGAUUCUAAAUGAUCAAGUUGUGGAAUUUUCUUGCAGUGAAGGAUAUGUCCUCAUGGUGCCCUCAAACAGGAAGUGUUCUGAUGGGCACAUGGAUUUUCCAUUGUGUAUCUCUGAGGCAGGAAAGAAAUGUGGACGCUCUCCUGUUGUUGCUAAUGGAGAUAUAACUACUUUUGCCCAAAAAGAGUACACCUCAGGCUCUUUUGUGGAGUACACAUGUCAAAAGCUUUAUUCAUUGAGAGGGCAAAAUAAAUCUUUCUGCGACAAUGGAAACUGGACAGAAAUACCAGUUUGUGAGGAGCCAUGUAUUAUCUCUCAGGAAGAAAUGCAAAACCAUGGUAUAGAACUGACUGAGACAUACAAUGGAAAACCAUACAUACAGCACCGCGAUUUUGUUGUGUUUAAUUGCAAAUCAGGAUACGUACCCCAGGAAUUUUUAGCUCUUUCCAAUUUUACUGUGCAGUGUAAUUCAGGCAAUAUUGUGUAUCCCCACUGCAAUAAAGAUGAGUUAGGAAGAUGUGGUCCCCCACCUUCUAUUCAAAAUGGAGACAUCAUUUCUGAACGAUUGCCAGUAUAUUCAGCAGGUUCUUCAGUGGAGUACAAAUGUCAACGUUUUCAUGGAAUGACAGGAUCCACAACAAUCACAUGCCGCUUGGGCAAAUGGACAGCCCCACCAGUAUGUUCAGUUUCAGAGGCUGCUAGAAAGUGUGGGAGACCACCUGCUAUUAUUAAUGGAGAUAUCAAGAUCCUUCCACAGAAGGAAUAUGAAUCCGGUUCAAGAGUGGAAUACAGAUGCCAAAGUUUUCAUAGAAUGAGGGGAUCUGCAUUUGUUAGCUGUGAGUCUGGUCAAUGGACAGAUCCACCAGUUUGCUUAGAGCCAUGUACAAUUAUUCCAGAAGAUAUGGAGAAAAACAAUAUUCAUCUGAAAUGGACCUGGAAAACAAAAUUGUAUUUAGAAAGUGGAGACUUUGCUGAAUUUGAGUGUAAAAAUGAAUAUGUGAGGGAACCAACAUCUUCUGCAUUUAGAGUACAGUGUAUGGAAGGAAAAUUGGCAUAUCCUAAGUGCAAGAGAAUAGAACGAUGCAUAACAUCCCCAGAAGAAAUGGAGACAAACAAUAUUGGUCUGAAAUGGAUUUCAGAAACAAGACUAAAUUUAGAAAUUGGAGACUUUGUUGAAUUUGAGUGUAAAAAUGGAUAUAGAAGGGAUCCAACAUCUUCUGAAUUUAGAGUACAGUGUAUGGAGGGGAAAUUGGCAUAUCCUAAGUGUAAAAGAAAAGAAUUUUGCAUAACAUCCACAGAAGAAAUGGAGAAAAACAAUAUUGGUCUGAAAUGGACCCCAGAAAAAAUACUAAACUUAGAAAUUGGAGACUUUGUUGAAUUUGAGUGUAAAAAUGGAUUUAGGAGGGAUCCAACAUCUUCUGAAUUUAGAGUACAGUGUGUGGAGGGAAAAUUGGCAGGUCCUAAAUGUAAGAGAAAAGAAUUUUGCAGAACAUCCCCAGAAGAAAUGGAGAAAAACAAUAUUGGUCUGAAAUGGACCCCGGAAAAAAGACUGAACUUAGAAAUUGGAGACUUUGUUGAAUUUGAGUGUAAAAAUGGAUAUAAGAAGGAUCCAACAUCUUCUGAAUUUAGAGUACAGUGUGUGGAAGGAAAGCUGGCAUAUCCUAAGUGUAAGAGAAAAGAGUUAUGCAUGACGUCCUCAACAGAUAUGGAGAAGAACAAUAUUGUUCUGAAAUGGAGCUCGGAAACAAGAAUCAAUUUAGAAAGUGGAGACUAUGUUGAAUUUCAAUGUAAAAGUGGAUUUGUGACGGAUCCAACCUCUUCUGCAUUUAGAGUACAGUGUGUGGAGGGGAAAUUGACAUAUCCAAGGUGCAAGAGAAGAGAAUGAAUGAAAAGAAGCAUCAAGCAAAUAAUUUUAACCCAGAUCAGAGGAUCAGAAUCCAUUAACCAGUUACAUAUAAUGUCCAUACAUUACAUUCUUUGUCAGUAUUUGAAUGUGGAUAAUCUGAAUUGAUACAUUUAAUUACUUCUUUUGAUUUUUUGUCACAGUUUAUAUUAAAUUAAUCAUAAAAUGGUAACAACGGAUGGGCAAAAAGAUUCAAACUGUAGCUUUUAUAUGAAUAUUUGCAGAGGAAGGUUGAAGAGAAAUUGUAAACAUAGCCUCACUUCCUGAAUUAUGCACUUCCUGUUACUGAAACAGAAGGCAGCAGUAUUUUCCUCUGGCCCAAAUCAGUAACUUCUGGAUGUUUCACUGGGAACCUUAAUCUUGGGAGGUUUAUAGUCCACUUGCCACAUAAAGAGGUUUAUUUAUGGACUGAGAUGUUUUUGAGUUCUGUCUAUCACUAACAACUUCUGGUCAUGGUUCUGCUGCAUGUUUUAUUUCAUGCAACCAAAAUAUUAUCCAGACAGCUAACACGAAGGUAGAGAAAAUAUUGAAAUUCCCAGUUAACAUUUAAAAUUAUAGUGUCUUAUUAUUUUUUUUUAAAUAAAAGAUUUGUAAAUUUCUUUUAUCAUUUUUUAAAAUCUAUUUUGGUGGGGAUUUUUACCCCAAUGUGAAGAAAAGUCAGAAGGAAUUUUUGGAUUUUUUGUAAAAUUGGAACAAAAAGAAAAGCUUACAUCUAACUUGACUAGCACUAUGAUGCAUUCUGAAAGAAUUGGGCUUGUUUAGUUUGGAAAGGAGACUGAGAAGGAACAUUAUAGCAGUUUUCAGGUAUCUAAAAGGGUGUCACAAGGAGGAGGGAGAAAUUUUUUUCCCUUGUCUUUUGAUGAUAGGUUGGACAUUAGGAAAAACUUCCUAACUGUCAUGGUGGUUAAACACUGGAAUAAAUUGCCUAGGGAGGUUGUGGAAUCUCCAUCAUUGGAGAUAUUUAAAAGCAGGUUGGAUAGACAUCUAUAGGGAUGGUCUAGACAGUAAUGGGUCCUGCCAUGAGGGGAGGGGACUGGACUCAAUUACCUCUCGAGGUCCCUUCCAGUUCUAGAGUUCUAUGAUUCAUUUGGUAAUAUGUGAAUAAUUUGACUCUGCAUACCUUUCACAGUAUGCAACAAACAGGAAAUUGUACCAUCCCUGUGGCAGAGAUGAAGGUAUCAUACUCUGCAGAAGCCAGCAUGACAAAUUAAUAAAGAGAGAGUGAACACUGA